UCGAAACCCUCCUAAAACCCUGCGACGAGCAAAGGCAUUCUUCGGGACAAGAAACCCUAGGAAGAUAAUCGCAGAGGGCAGGGUCAGAACGGGGAGGUGAAGGGAUUAGAGGCGGAGUGGAGAAGAUUACGUGGUCCAUGGAGGUGUGAUUUGUCGAUGUAACUUGCACGAAUUUGCGCUGCUGAGUGAGGUCAAAUCUUCGAUCAGGAGCGAUGGCGAAGAAGAGGAAAUUGUCCACGCCUGCCUCUGUGGCCAAGAGGAAUAAGAAGAAAUUGAGAGGUGGAAUUGAGAAGAAGGGCAAGCCCUCACAGGAAGCUGGGUCCAACGUGUUUGAGACCAUCUGGAGUCGUAAGAAGUUUGAUGUGCUCGGAAAGAAGCAGAAGAAAGGGGAGACUCGCCGUGUCGGAUUGUCCCGCUCUCUAGCGAUUGAGAAGAGAAAAGACACUCUAUUGCAAGAGUACAAGAAAAAAGGCAAAGGCAAUACCUUUGUAGAUCGUCGUUUCGGGGAGAAUGACGAUGGACUUGGUGAGGAAGACAAAGCAAUCAUGCGGUUUCAAAAAGAGCGUCAGUCGCAAAUCAGUCGGCAAAGCAAGUUUGCUUUACGUGAUGACGAGGAUGAGGAAGAAGAAGAGAUUCUUACUCAUGGGGGAAUGGCCUUGUCAAAUGUUGACGAUUAUAAAGAUGAGGACAACGACUCCAUGCAGGACGAUGAUUACCUUGAUGGAUUGAGUAAGGAGGAAGUGAUGGCGCUGAACUUUGGAGGUGGUUCUUCUUCUAAUGACGGUGGAAGUGAAGGACAAAAGCCAAAGUCAAAGAAAGAAAUCAUGGAGGAGAUCAUUGCCAAGAGUAAAUUCUACAAGGCUCAAAAAGCGAAAGAAAAAGAGGAAGAUCAGGAUCUGGAGGAGAAACUUGACAAGGAUUUCACCGAGCUGGUCCAGUCUCAAGCAUUAUCGUCACUCUUUCGUCCAACGAGAAAGGAUAACCUGAAGUCUAUGCUGGCUAAAGGUUCUACAAAAGAUAAAGGAUCUGGCAAAGACAAAGAAGAGGAGGAGAAGCCUGAUGAUUUUGAAAAGAUAAUGAAGGAAAUGGUCUUUGAAAUGCGAGGGCAUGCCACUGACCGACUCAAGACAGAUGACGAACUAAUUAAGGAGGAGCGAGAGCGCUUAGAGGAGAUGGAAAAAAAACGGAAGCAGCGAAUGCUUGGCGAAGACACAGAGGAUGAUAGCGAAGAAAGUGAUGAAGAAGCCGGAAAAGCUAAUAAGCGGCAGAAGAAGAAGAAGAGGAGAGAAAUUAGUGGCGAUGAUCUAGGAGAGAAUUUUGUUCUAGAUGAUGAGGAGAAGAAAGGCACUGGUUGGGUAGAUGAAGUGCUUGCGAGAAGGGAUGAUGAGGAAGCAGACAGUGAUGAGGAGGAAGGGAGUGAUGAGGAUGAGGACGAGGACGAGGACGAGGACGAGUCAGAGGAAGGGGAUGAUGAAGGAGAUUCAGAAGAUGGGGAAGGGAGCGAUGAAGAAACCAGGGAGGAGCUCCUUGAAAAAGUGCGCAUUGCUCUUGAGAAGAAGAAGAAGAGAGAAGAAGACCGUGCAAUAGCAGCAGCCAAACGGGCGUCUGAGGCUUUACAAGAACAAGAUGCCCUACCAUUUGUGAUCGAUGCGCCUCAAACUCUUGGAACCUUUUUAACUUUGGUCGACCGCAGAAGCAAUGAAGAACUGGUAGUUGCUAUCCAAAGAAUCAGGACAUGUAACGCAAUCAGCUUAGCAGCGGAUAAUCGAAGAAAGAUGCAGAUUUUUUACAACGUGUUACUUCAAUAUUUUGGAUCAUUAGCUAUGGAGAAGCCUUUUCGUCUGAGCAGACUUAAUUUGCUAUGCAAACCACUUAUUGAAUUAAGUACGGAAACACCGUACUUUGCGGCAACUUGUGCUCGACAGCGGCUCGUUCAAAUGCACACGCAAAUUACCGAUAGGCUUAAAGUUUCAGAUGGUAGUAGCUGCUGGCCAUCACUAAGGACGAUCAUGCUAUUAAGAUUCUGGUCUUUGAUUUUUCCUCCAUCCGAUCUUCGACAUCCGGUCAUGACGCCAGCUAUCCUGUUCAUGUCAGAAGUUUUGUGUCGGUGCCCUAUAACCUCAGGUCGGGACGUUGCCGUUGGGUCUUUCUUCUGUACUCUGCUGUUAUCUGUUUUGAACCAAGCCCGUCGUUUUUGUCCAGAAGCGCUCAAUUUCAUCAUGACUCUCUUGGUGUCGGCUUUACCAAGUCAAGCGGACGGCAAACUUGACUUUGCUCGAUCUGUUUGUCCAGCAUUCAUGGUGGAGAUAGGUCUCGCGGAGCAGUGGCUGGUGUUGAAGAACUCAAAAAAAGAGAUAGAAACACCUGCUCUAGACUUUGUAGCAUUGAUGACGGCAGAAGAAAGUGAUCCUGUGUUCAAGACUGAUUCUUUCAGGGUUGGUAUUCUCCGCACGCUUCUGCAGACCUUGAAUGGCUUCAUCAGUCUAUACGAGGAUCUCAUGUCAUUCCCGGAAGUCUUCUCUCCAGUUCUCUUAGUUAUGAAGCGCCUGAAACAAGAAUCGGUGCUUCCAGAAUGUUUGAGAGUGUUGCAUACGCAAGCGACAGAGGUUAUUGAGACGAAGUUGGCAGAGCAUGAACGCCUGAGACAACCCUUGAGAAUGCGAAUACAGAAAAGGAUGCCAAUCAAACAAUUCAACCCCAAAUUCGAAGAAAAUUAUGUGCAGGGAAGGAGUUAUGAUCCCGACAGAGAGAGAGCUGAAAAGAAGAAAUUGGUGCGGAAAGUUAAGUCAGAGUUCAAAGGUGCCGCACGGGAGCUCCGAAAAGACAACUAUUUUCUCAUGGAAGAAAAAGCCAAGGAAAAGCUUGCUGCGGAGGAAGAGAGGAAAGAGAAAUUCGGCAAAGCAAUGGCCUUUCUACAGGAGCAGGAAUCAGCUUUUAAGUCUGGCCAGAUGGGGAAAGGUAAAGGUCGGAGAAGGAAGUAAGGUUGGCAUCACCCUACGUCCUACCCAGAGCAAAUUUCAAUGGUGUACCUCGUCAAGAUGUGCGGUGUUCUAUGGCAUCUCGAGGUAAGUGGAUUUCAAAGCAGAGAGUGGUGAGCACUGCCGAAGACAAGACAAAGUGAUUCCUGCAGUGACUACCCCGACGUUGGAAGCCGAUUUUCGGGUAUGGAUAACUGACAGAUCGGUGUGAACGUAAGAUGCGUAGUAUACUCCUGUGUGCUGCAGCUAUAAAUUAUUCAAAGCGACUAAACAGCGUCUGCACACGCAAUCAAGGUUGGAUAGACCUGAAUAGACCCCAGUGCCAACACGAUGACUGCUUUGAAAGGCAAAGAACUACUUAAGCUUUGGGAUGUGGAACUCGCAGGAAACCCUGUUGAGAUAUACUCGACCAAGAGCAAGGGGACUAUCACAAAAUCACAUGGUCAGUAGUAAAAAGCGAUCAGGAUCCACUAAAUCAAUUUGAGAAAGUUUUCGUAGGACAGACUUCGACCAGCAUGCGAGUGAGAACGAGCACGAUUCUAUUAGCGGAAGUUCGGCUCUCUCAUCGACAUUGGGAGUUUCCAAUGGAAAGUUUUCAUGCGCGUAGUCUGAUUGUUCACAUGUAAGGAAAGUAAACGGGCAACACAAUGGUGACUAGAAGUUGUAGGACAGCUUGUGCAAGCUGCAAUCUCGUCUUUUUAAUUAUGUGACUUUCCUCAUGCAUCAUCACACAAUACGAUCCAAUUGGCACUUAUGGUUCCGUUCUGCUCCACAUUUUUACAAAGGAUACAGAAACUUACAUGAUGGAAUGCAGCAAAGGGUUUGGUCAUAGAUCAUAGAUCAUAGCGAUUCGCCCAGUGGGGUGGAAAAGGACGAAGUUGGACUCAGAGUGCGGAGCAAUAGGUCGGUGAUCACUCCUGCAUACUCUUUGGCUGCUAGAGAGCAGUAGCAUACCAGAACCACAUACUUAGUGUUCCACCUUACGAUGUCCCGAAACAUCUCACCGGAACUUAAGACCAACACCGAAAGAAAACUGGACCAAAUGGAGGAAAGUAACAAGGCGGGGUUGGUACAGAUAAUGUCGUUCAGACCCAAGCGUUGCCCCUCCUGGAGCCCGAAAGCGACAAGGCGUGGUCUCGCUAAACCUUUAUCUUUUGGUAUCGUGGGCUGCUGGACUGGGCCCCUUGGGGUUUGACAAUGGAGCCAGGCAGCACCUUUCGAUUUUCUACAAAGCCCAUGAUCGUCAGGAAGUGCGUGCGUCAGGGAACCACCAGCGAAAUACUGGUUAUGGCUUGGAGUCAAAUGAAAUGCCUGUGCAUGU